AUGACUACAGCUCUAGCUUACUAUAAAGCCCUUUAUAAGAAGAUCAAUUGUCUUCCCAUUGAUUUGCGAAGUCUACGAACUGCAAAGUGUAUCGCAAGAGAUGCGUUUAGGGCUGGAAGAGUUGUUCCAAAUAGUCCCAUUGAAGACCCCAAGAGGUACAGAAAGGUGUCUCAGUUGGCAGACUCCGUAUUAAAUGGUGACUUUUACCUACUAUCUCAGCUUUUGGAUCUAAUCUACAAAGAUCCGCUACCGCAGAAGCCUUGGAUCUCCCAGUUUCUUCAGACCAAAUACAGCGCCUUCAAACCAGUGUGGCCUGUUGUCCACCUUCUACACCAAUUCGGUAAAGACAAACACAAGAAUUUAUAUGACAGGGAGCUUCUCAAAAGCACCCCCGAGAGUCAAGAAUUCCUGGUCAUGAAGGAGAUGAAUCUAAGUCUCUCUCCGGAUGAUAUCCCAAUUAAACCAAUACAAAAAGUUCACCACAAUCAAAGCAUUGUCAAUUUGGUGAAGCAAAUGCAAGGCUUUUAUAAAUUCGUUUGCCGACAUCCUGAUGUUUUGCUUGAUCACAAGGCUAAGUCAUUUGAAAUUGUUCUCGAACCCACGCGAUUCGGCUUACCAAAAAGUGUUGCUGCUAGAGAACGGGAUUACAGGACUAAAUUCGACCCAUGCAACGUGAAGAUUUGA